UCUUCCAUUACUUGCAUCUUCUGGAGGGCACGAGUUUCGACAAACCACAUUCAGGAUUCCGACAUUGACUUUGAGACGAUGCAACUCUUGGGGUGAAGCCUUUCCGGGGAACGCGAAUCAAGACACGAAAGCGACUAAAAACGUAAACUCCAAUACAAAGAAGCGACCUUCAUGAAGGGUUUUGUGAAACGGCGGUGUUCUCCACUCGCUCAUGAAAGAUGCAAGUCACUGAAAAGGUUAGCCAGCUGUAGGAAGCCUCAAAACAUCAGUUCUCUCUUGUUCCAUGCACUCGCACUAUUUCCGUUUCGAUAUGUCAUUUCGUCAUGGUGACGGGUCUUGGUUUUCUGCGCGUGCCACCGUUUUGGAGUGGCGUAGGUGAGAAGGUCCCCGGAGAAAAGGUCCCCUCAAGAGUCCGUCCUACAAAGAUGCCUGCUCUUUUAUUGGUUUGCGCUUUUUAAUACCGUGUACUAGAGCCCUGCACGGGCCGAUAUGCCCAGUGAACAGAGCCGGUGACUCAGAGCGUAUAUUCCGGCAAAGUAUUUCCAGACGUGACGUACCCGUUUCUAGCGCUUCUAACAAAAAUUUAUAAGUCAAUUUAUAAGAAGAGAAGACACGGCCACAAACAUACCACAACAGCACGCGACCAAAUUAAAUCCAGGACGGGCAAGCGUGUUACCGACCAAGUUUUUGUUCAUGUAGAGGACGUCGUCGACAAACCCAUCUUUUCCCCUCUUACCAAGCUUUGCAAACGUGUUUGUAAAAUACGUCAGGAGCAACGUAAAGUGGCUUCAAGAAUGUUAUAACAUAAUCCCUCGCUGGUUUUUGCAAACACAGGAAUGACACGUGAUGAUAUAAACCAAGUCCUCCGUUGCGCGGAAUUAGUUGCGUGACUCUCGGCCCGACUCUUCUAAUCAGUCCCAUUGGUUUGGACCAGAAUCGCGUUUUAAGCGUUCAAGUACAAGACCACGUCAACAAUGACGUGACGAUAAAGUACCAUGGGAGGACCUUUUCUCCGAGGACAAGAAGGGUCAUUUUUUCCUUCUGGCAGUUGUAGGCUUCGUUGUACGCUGUUUUUGUCGUCCAGCAACCCCAAGUGAGUGAAAAUAACGGCCAGUCCCUGAGCAAGAUGUAUAUGAUGAGCCGUAACGUUGAACCCGAAAUGCAGAUGGGCGCGGCAACAAGAAAAGAACAUUAGUGAGAAUCGUAACCCAUGGCAACGAAACUCUCCAUUCAUCAUCUCGCAAUAACCCAUGGCAAUCUGCUGAAAAUUCACUUUGCUGAACCGGUUCGAACCGAUAUUUUGCGCUGCUGCGGAGCUCAACUCAAACGGAACAAAUAUGCCUGAACCUGAACCCGAACCUCCGAUCCUGCAUCUCCAGUGGCUGACUACGGAGAACAGUUACCCAAGCAAACAGUGGCCAAUGGCCAGAGGUUGGCAGGGGUCUGGUAGGCCUUUGGCCAGCAGGUUCUGUGGCCACCAAAAUAAAAUUUGAGGUUGGCCAAAGUUUGGUAAAUGCCAUGUAUGGUACAAUCACGUUGGCGUGAUUUGUGCCAAUGUACUGAGUAAAUCAAGUUGUUUUCGGACAAAGUGCAAUGUCAAGUUUUCAAAGUUGCAUAACGCAUCGUGAGGAAUGUGGUUUGCAAACAACGUCGACAUUCAGUGGAAAAUAUAAAAUUAAAUAAAGUUGAGAGCAAUGUCCCACACUGUUGGCAAGCAUAUGGCAAAUAUGUGUGGCAGCAGGUUGCUUGGCCAACAAAUCAACUUUUUCGAUAUGUCAGCCUUCUGUCAGACAAUGAUUGGCAAUAGCUUGGCAACCAUGUAUGGCACAUAUUAAAUAAGAAGGAGGAGACGUCCAUAAGGGUGGAGUGCCCAGCGUUUAAUGAAUGCCUACACUGCCAGCCCAUGAGAUACGGGCCAGAACUCUUAACUUCUUUUACAGCAUGCAUACCUUGGCCAAACUCGUAACAAUCCCUAAAAUAUAUCAAAUAUAUCUGAUGGAGAUAAACCACCUGGUCAGAAGUUAUUCAGAUUCACUCGAGAGCAUUAGGUGUUUUCAACGUAAGUGUGCUGCUGUCUGUGCAAAGUAUUUACGAGUAACACUCUUCGAGCAACAGAGUAAACCUGGUUUUACAGCUCCGUCUCAGGUAAUCACAUUGGAGACGAGAGUCUACCAGGAAAGUUGUUGGAUAUCCUCGUCACCGUUACAAACGUUUUACUAAACACUUGGUGAACAUGCCCCGCAUAGUGUUGCAGUAUAUGUUCCACCCAGUUCGCUAACUGAGGCGCUUACCCCGAUGUGUGGGGUAUACAACACUCACACUGGCCACAGAGCUAAAGACGGGUGCGCGCGAGUGCUUGGAGUCAGCCACUCACAUGGCUUCCCACGUCAAGAAAAGCAAAUUGCGCACAAAUAACAAAAACAAAACAAUCGAAACCUGGGGAACAUAUCUGGGCAGUUGUUGGCCAACCAAAUACAUACCAAGUGUUGGCCUUUUUGGCAAAAGGAACAAAUCCCAUUACCAAACUCUCUGGCCUAGCUUAGACCGGCAACUUUGGCUAGUCAAACUCAGCCCAAUAUUGGCCCACAUCUGGUGUGCUCCUUCGGCAGACUUGUGUUUGGGCACACAUUGGCCAGCCAAACCUUUGGCCAAGGAACCAAUGCCACACUGGUCCCAUACUCAGUUUGGCCAGUCUGGCUAGCCAACGUUUUGCCAAUGCUGGGCCAUAUUUGGCAUUUUGCUUGGGUAGCUCCAUCACCGGGAAUAGAGAUGCGAUCUAUUCUACUCUACAAGCACGUUGUAUAAACAAACGUACGUUAUUUUUUGUCCGUGCUGUGUAUUCUUACCAUUGGAUUAAAUAUGAAUGAUACAACUUUUCAAGUGUGUUGAGAAAAGCUGAGGUUGGCCUUCGUGACAUCACCAAUUCCAACAAACGGCAGAGAAUGGAGAAAACAACAGCUUUAUUUCAAUCAGUGGGGAAGGCUGACUGUGUCACAUUUGUGGCAAAUAAUCUUGUUUGCCUUCACUUGUCUAGGAAACAUUGCUCGAGUUACUGGGCGUCGGCCAACAAAGGUCACUUGGACGGGAUAAUGGGAUUUAUACCCAUCCUGGUGUCCCAUGGUUUACACAAAGGCCGAUUGCCCCGUUGAUCUAGGGGGCAUGAAUCUACGACUGUAAUGUUUAUUACCAAACAAGGACUUGAAACAAGGAAAAAUUCCCUCUUUCAAAUGAUAACAGGAAUGACAAAAAUCAUGAAAAGGAAUCGCGCUGCAUCUCCGUGUCUUGUAUGUCACCGGAGCUCAAACUUGUCUCGAUUCUCAUUUUAUUAUACAACCUAGCUCCCGUAACCUGCCGUCCGCCACCUAGAAAAUUUUCAAAUAAAGAAAUCAUAUUCACGAAACCUCUUUCACCUCAAUCGGUCAAGUCCCAAGAAUUAUUACCAUGACAGUCUUCCCAAAGAUCAACGCGAAUAAGCAGGAAAAAAUGAUAGGUGUGCAGCAGGACCCUUCAAUCAAUUUGUGCCUCAGGAUGAGAGCUUUCCAACAGAGACUGCAUUUCCAGAAAACUAGCCACAGUUGCUUGGCGGCGCUAACACAGAGACAAAAAAGAAAAAAAGAAAACGUGCUUUCUGCGCACGCGCCGAGGUAAGCCCAGUUUUCGCCGAAUCGAGUGCGCACCUUCCACGAAUUUAGGUCAGCUGGAUAAUGGGGAAAGAUCGUCCCAAGACAAAGUGCCUUUUUUGUGUGUUUCAGAUUGGGAUUAAUAGUCAACAGCCACUUGACGAAAGCAAACUGGAGAUGACAGGUUCUCUCCUGACGAUCCCAUCGGACAAGCCUUAGCUUUCACCUAUGACAGAUAUAAUAAUCGAAAGCAUGGACAUGUCCAAUUGCAACAUCGGGCAUAAAUCGUCUAUUUCUCACCAUCCAGAUUUCAAGAAACAACAACAAAAUAAUAAGGACUGGAUGGAAAGUAUCUGUUGUGAUGCUGAAACACACAAACACAACACAAGUUGGCUUUCAACGGCAUUGUUGUUGAUUCCCAUCACAUUUAUUACGGGCGUUGUUGUGCUACGUUGCUACCGUUGACUGUAAAGAAAAUACACUUGUCGUCAACCUUCUAUUUUCAACCCUGCUUUCACCGAGUUGCGUGACUGCGUGCCAAUCACAGCUAGGUGCAUUGUGGAUGUCGUCUGUUAAUGUAACCGUGAAGCUUUAUCAUUGGUAUUGUUGUUUGUGGUCAUGCUACAAACGUUCUGCAAACGUUGUUCUUGAUUAUUCAUAGACGAUAAUUUUGCGACGUAUGAAAGGUUUACUGAUAGCAUGGGAAACCUUCGAAACGGAUGACAUUAUAUGAACUGACAACCCGGUAGGAUGAAUUUCGUACGUCAGACGUCAAUUUCAUGACAACAAAGAGACACCAAAAUGACACUCACCGUCCAAAUCACAUGUCUAAAAUUGCUUUCCGCUCAUAGCAUGUUCAACGUAACGAACCAGUGGUUGACACUCGUACGGCCUUGAUGCAGUUCUUGUAAACCUUCGCGCAUUGAGCACAUGCUGGCACAAACAUUGGGGCUAAACGGAGCACAGCAGAAACCAUUCGUACUGGAUGUUAAAAGGGGAUGUAGAUCACAACAUCGGCUAACGGUACAUAUGGUGGGUGGGGGUGCACCAGCGCACAAGUACAAGUUUCGCGGAGAAAACGGGGCAAACAAUCUUGCGCCCAAAAUUGUGGCGCCAUCUCUCAGUGUUGGAAGAAAAUAGAAUUCUACUCCGGCACUUUCUUUUCUCAGAAAAUUAUCCAUAUCGUAUCAUUUUAAUCAUAAAAUUAUGUUUCUAGAUGUUCUAGAAACAACCUAUAUCUAACGCAAAUUUUAUUGCCUUGCAGAGUAGCAAAGCACACAAAAAAAGUUGAACGCGUGCGUCGUCUGCUUGGUAUUGUAACGCCGCCUGUAAGCGAAAGCCAAGGAAUUAUAAUUCUAUAACUCGACAUGGACGUAGAAAAUCCUGAGAACGAAGCUUUUGAUCUCAAAGAGCUGGAUGCGCCUGCAACGAAACUAGACCAUGAACGUCAGGAACCAGCACAGCAGUAUCCAGAUGCCAUACAAACUGAAUUGUACGAUGAAAAUCGUACGGUUGGCGACUUCCAGAAGAGAGCUCAAGAAGUUGCAAGACACGCGUUGGAGUCCCUCUUCGAUGACUGGGUGAAAGAAUUGGCAAGCACUUUGGUCUACGACACAAAAAUACUAACGACAAUGGCAUCCCUUCAAAACCAAGCUCACCAACUAGAAGAAGAAAAAAAUAAUGUCCUUAGCGAAGUGGAGAAAAGUCUGGGCAUACUUAUGAAAGGUCCUCAAACCAGCAAGGAUGCAAUCACAGUUUAAAAUCUACGCUUGUGUAGCACACCAUGUCAUAUUAAAAAUUGCACUUUUGUC